AUGGGACGGUGGUCCAGCACCCGGAGUACGGGGAGGUCAUCCAGCUCACCGGAGACUAGAGGAAUCACAUCUAUACGAGUUUCUCCUCCAGGUCGGCUUCUGCACCAAGGACCAGCUGAAGCUGCACGGAUUCUGAAGAUUUGA